UAAAAAAAUUUGCAUGCCCAAGGAAACAAUCUCAAAUCUCGAGAAACAGACCUAGCCAGGGGUCAACGUGUGUGUAUAUAUAGGAGGCACAUGCUUGUGUGUGGACUAAUUCUGCCUUUCUGGUUUCAGGACUUCUUAGUACCAGAAGUGGUAGGAAAAAGCAAAAAGGAUGGGACGACUUUUCUCAUUGACCUCAAUGCUGACAGUGAUGCUGGUGUCUUCUUGGCUCAACAUAGUUGCAGCCACCAACAGCUCCGAAGCAAAGAGCUGCGUGCAGUGUCACAGCAACGCCACCUGCCAACAGGACGGGGUGGCCACGACGUGCUCCUGCCAGGCGGGCUUCACCGGGGACGGCUUCCAGUGCGUGGACCUGGACGAGUGCGCCGCGCCGGGGGCGCCCAGCUGCUGGGCGGGCGGCAGCUGCGUGAACACGCCGGGCUCCUACGCCUGCCUCUGUCCCGCCGGCUUCCGCCCGGCGCCCGGCCGCGGCUGCGUGGACGUGGACGAGUGCCUCGAGCCGGGGCUCAGCGACUGCCACGCCCUGGCCACCUGCGUCAACGGGGAAGGCAACUACUCGUGCGUGUGCCCCGCGGGCUACGGCGGGGACGGGCGGCACUGCGCAUGCGCCCCGGGCUCCUGCGGCCCGGGGCUGGACUGCGUGCCGGCAGGGGGCAGUGCGCGCGCGUGCGCAGACCCCUGCCUGGAGCAUCGCACCCUGAACGAAUACUGGCGCAGCGCCACCUACCGGGGGGGCUACGCCUGCGACGCCAGCCUGAGCGGCUGGUACCGCUUCGUGGGCCCCGGCGGCGUGCGCCUGCCAGAGACCUGUGUGCCGGUGCUGCGCUGCUACACGGCCGCGCCCAUGUGGCUCAACGGCACGCACCCGUCCACCGACGAGGGCAUCGUGAGCCGCACGGCGUGCGCGCACUGGAGCGAUCACUGCUGCCGGUGGGCCACGCCCGUCCAGGUGAAGGCCUGCGCCGGCGGCUACUAUGUCUACAACCUGACGGCGCCCCCCCAGUGCUACCUGGCAUACUGCACGGACCCCAGCUCCGUGGAGGGCAGGUGUGAGGAGUGCAGCCUGGAAGAGGAUUGCACGUCAGAUAGCGGCAGGUGGAGCUGCCAGUGCAAACAAGACUUCAACAUCUCAGACAUCUCCCAGCUGCAACCCAGGCUGGAGUGUGGGGCCAAUGACAUCAAGGUGUCCCUGGGCACGUGCCAGCUGAAGAGCCUGGGAUUUGAGGAGAUCUUCAUGUACCUGCGAGAUAGUCGGUGCUCCGGCUUCAGUGAGAGGACUGACAGGGACUGGAUGUCAGUGGUAACCCCAGCCCAGGGCGGCCCCUGUGGGACUGUGAUGACGAAAAAUGAAACCCAUGCCACGUACAGCAACACUCUCUACCUGGCAGAUGAGAUCAUCAUCCGAGACCUCAACAUCAAGAUCCACUUUGCAUGCUCCUAUCCCCUGGACAUGAAAGUCAGCCUGAAGACCUCCCUGCAGCCCAUGGUCAGCGCCUUGAACGUCAGCGUGGGCGGGAUGGGCAUGUUCACCGUUCGGAUGGCCCUCUUCCAGAACCCAGCCUACACGCUGCCCUACCAAGGUCCUGCUGUGACCCUGUCCACUGAAGCCUUUCUCUACGUGGGAACCAUGCUGGAUGGGGGGGACCUGUCUCGGUUUGCACUACUGGUGACCAACUGCUACGCCACACCCAGUGGCAACAUCACCGACCCCGUAAAGUACUUCAUCAUCAGAGACAGAUGUCCACGCAUUGAGGACCAAACAAUCCAAGUGGUGGAGAAUGGAGAGUCCCCUCAGAGCCGAUUUUCGGUCCAAAUGUUCCGGUUUGCUGGGAAUUACGACCUGGUCUACCUGCACUGUGAAGUGUACCUCUGUGACAACAUGACUGAGAAAUGCAAGCCGACCUGCUCUGGGACGAGAUUCCGCAGCGGGAGUCCCAUAGACCCAACCCGUGUCCUGAACCUGGGACCCAUCACUCGGAAAAAUACCCAAGCCCCCGUGUCCAGGGCUGUGCCCAGCUGCUCAGGGCUCCUGAAGACCUGGGUGCUUCUGUUGGCCACUCUCACCCUGAUGCCUCAAUGGUCCAGUGCCUGAAACCCAAGGUCUGUGGCUCCCAACUCCCUCCCUCCCUGCUGCCCAGAGCGGGGCUGGUGGUGAAGCAGCCUGGUGCUCCAAGCACACCACAAGGAGCUCCUCGUGCUUCCUUCACGCUCCCGAUGGAAAGACAGCCCGUCCUUAAAUGCUGCCUUCUCUCAAAAUAGGGCUGGUGCAUAAGCCCAAGCCUCCUUAAAGGGGGUGGCAAUAUAAUAAUUUUUAAAACCC